UAAGACAUUACCGAGGGCUUACAAAACCCCGUUGUUCCUGUUCCGUUUAGUCAUUGCUGUUUGUUGCUGUUGCUGCCGCUGGACUUUUUUACUUUAGUUUAACUAUUCUGGUAAAACAUUCUGUCUUUCCACGGGACAAGAGACAAUUGUGACUGAGUGAUAAGCCUAAUUUUACUUCCAGCAAUGUCAAGUUGCCCAACUAUCCACCUAACUUUGCCGCAGUGUGACGGGGGCUCACGGAAAAUUCGCUUUAUUCACCUGGUGAAUGUGACAUCGUUCAGGCUCACUGAGUGUCCCCACAAAAGUCCGGUGGUUCCUCUCUAUUUAGGCGCUGAUCUCUUCUCCAACACAGACAUCCGCACAGAGAAUCACCCCAGAUACCACGCCAAGUUUGCCAAGAAAGGAUUCGCAACAAAAAUAAAUUUUUCCUCAGCAUUCAGGUUCCAUGGGUUGAAGGUAGCUACUGCAAACAACAGCCUCUGGUUCUACAGCGUUCAAGGACUUUUUCGAGUAGCAUUUGAGAUGUACAGUAAGCAAGAGCAGCUUGCUGUGCUAGAGAACUUCCAGGAUGUUUGGAAAUCACAGAUAAAUGACAGCCCUCUGAAAAUGAGUUACAGCCUCAGCGUGCAGCUCGACUUUGCACUAUCCAGCAGCCUGCAUGAUACAGAAUCAAGGAAGGAAAUGUCACAACCUCAGCAUUGCCAGGUUGGCAGGGAAUCUGUGUAUGUAUAUGGCAGUGACACAGGUAAUGCAUCAGCAGAUCACGAUUAUUGUUCUUUUCCCAAGCAGAGCUUGCAGACUGAGCACAGCCAACUACUUGUUUCGACAGUGAGAAAAAAAUUGCACAACUUGGAUGACAAACUCUCCUCCGAGACUCACGGCUACACAGAGCAGCUGGACACUAUCAUGGUGCUUUUGGAGAACAUUGAUCAAUACAUAAAUGGGAAUCUAAAAGAAAAGGAUGUGACAGAAACUGUGCUAGCUCUGCUAAAGACCCAAGACUGGGGCUGUGUGUAUUCAAGUUCCCUGCUUUGUGGUAUAGGACGUUGGCUAGGCCAACAGUUUCAUGCAGCAAACAGCAGCAUAAGCCAGAAAGUGGAGGGCUUUAAAGUUCAGCAUAUUGAACGUAUUAGUGACUUGCCACCUGCUGAGGAACUAGCCACAGAACUAUUCCCAGAAGCCAUGCAGACCCUGCUGCUUCAUUGGAUGGGCUUAAGUGAGGAGUCCACUGUGGAGAAGAGACACAGCGAGUUCCCAAUCCUGCUCCUUAUCCUCGAGUUUGCCAACCACAACCUCAUAACUGGUGUGGCUCAUGUGCUGUACUCCAGUCUUAUAUGUAAAUAGAGGAAGAUUUCCAUUCAGGCAUCAAACACAAACUAUUUACAGUAUUCCAAUAAAUGUGCAUUUCUUGUA